GUUUUGCUGUCGUUGCCGUAUUGCCCUUCUUGCGCACGCUCUAUGCCCACAGUAGCCUCUCCCAUGUCUGUCCCUUCAUGCUGCCCAUAGAAGCUGCGCUUGCGUACAGCCAACCCGAACGCCUGUCGGACAGACAGAUUCAGUGGGAGUUAGCUGUGUAAUGGCGGCUUCGGUGUUGCUGUCUGCGGAGAACACCGUACCCACUUUUGCGGCCGGCAAUCCCGGAGCGGCAGGGGCCUCCGGUAAUGGAUUAGGGGCAGCUUGUCCCGCAUCUUGGAACCGUUCACUGGACCGGGCGUUAGACGAAGCAGCGGCUACUGGUUGCGUGAAUCUCAGUGGCAGGAAACUGAAGGAGUUCCCGAGGAGCGCCGCCAACCACGACCUCACAGACACUACUCGGGCCGAUCUGUCUCGGAAUAGGCUGCCUGAGUUACCUGUGGAGGUGUGUAUGUUUGUGUCUCUGGAGAAUCUGAACCUGUAUCAGAACUGCCUACGCUCUCUGCCUGACAGCCUGGUCAACCUGCAGGCCCUCACCUACCUAAACAUCAGUCGGAACCAGUUGUCCACGUUACCCGCUCCAGUGUGCAACCUGCCGCUGAAGGUCCUGAUCGCCUGCAACAACAAACUAGUGUCCCUGCCCGAGGAACUGGGCCAACUCCGACAUCUCACUGAACUGGAUGUGAGCUGCAAUGAGAUCCAGACUCUGCCUUCCCAAGUGGGGCAGCUGGAGGCACUGCGGGACCUCAACAUCCGCAGAAACCACCUGGCACGCCUGCCCUCAGAGCUGGCAGAGCUGCCUCUGGUCCGUUUGGAUUUCUCCUGUAACAAGGUGACGUCGAUCCCCGUCUGCUACCGCAACCUCCGACACUUGCAGAGCAUUGUGCUAGACAACAACCCCCUACAGAGCCCCCCUGCACAGAUCUGUAUAAAGGGGAUGAUCCACAUAUUUAAAUAUCUCAACAUGGAGGCUUGCAAGACUGCACCCGACCUUCCAGACUACGACAGGAGACCACUGGCAUUUGGGUCCUGUGUGGAGGAGCUGUAUCCUGGCCGGCCUUAUGGAGCACUGGACUCUGGCUUCAACAGCGUGGACAGUGGAGACAAGAGAUGGUCAGGCAACGAGCCUACGGAUGAGCUGUCGGACCUGCCUCUGAGAGUGGCCGAGAUCACCAAAGAGCAGAGACAACGGAGGGAGAGGGAGAGGGAGCGUGAGGAGAGCAAGCACAGCACAGUCGUGGCCAAUGGCACAUUGGAGUCCGAGAUCGAGCAGAUAGACUUCAUCGACAGCUGUACAGGUGAGGAGGAGGAGCAGGAGGGGCGGAGUCGGAUGUCAGAUGCUAUCAGCCUCAGCUCCCAGUUUAUGGCCUACAUAGAGCGGCGGAUCACCAGAGAGGGUUCUCCUGUGAAGUCCGGUUCCUCAAGAGACUCAAGGACAGACGACCCGAGGCGACACAGACAUGUUCCAGACGGAGCCAGUCCCACAUCCUCCACAGCACAGAGCCAGAGGCCCGGGGUCGGCGUGGAGCGCGUGCGGCGGGAGGCCCAGCUAGCGGCGCUGCGGUACGAGGAGGAGCGGCAGAGAACGCGCUCCGUCCAAAGAGAGGCAGUCAUGACCUACGUCAAGCACAAAGCCACCCAGAGCCCUACUAAGCUGAGCCCCACGGACGGCGAGACUGUGUACCCCUCCAGACGCUCCACCCACACGGAUGACUCCGCCCUCUUUAUGUCUCUGUCUGGGAUGUCCGUGGAUGGGUGUGUCUCUCAUGGCUCAGACACCGCCCCCUCCUGUCCACUGCAGCAAGGGGAAGACCGCUCAACUUUGUCACCCACAGCCCUCCAAUCACCCUCUUACCCUGGCCCCGCUGCUCUGCCCUCCUGCCGUGCCCCCCCCCCGAGGCCCGACAGCUUCCUGUAUCGCCUCAGCCAGAGAGAGGAGAAGAAGAGAGGUGACUCUACAACUCCUCGGUCAGAGCCUGAGGAAGCCACACCCACAGCGACCCAGGUGCUUGUGGGAGAGGAGGCAGAGCUUGUGGAGCAGCUGCGAAAGAACAUUGAGUGCCGGCUGAAAGUGUCCUUGCCCUGUGACCUGGGCGCCGCGCUGACGGACGGGGUGGUGCUGUGCCACCUGGCCAACCACGUGCGCCCCAGAUCUGUGCCCAGCAUCCACGUGCCCUCACCUGCUGUUCCCAAACUGACAAUGGCCAAAUGUCGACGGAAUGUGGAGAACUUCCUGGAGGCGUGUCGCAGAAUCGGGGUCCCUCAGUCCCAGCUGUGCCUCCCCCUCCACAUCCUGGAGGAACGAGGUCUUCCGCAGGUGGCUGGAACGGUGCGCGCACUGCUGGACCUGGCCCCCCCAAAACACACGGCCUCCACCCCCAGCACCCCCUCUGCUUCCCCUGCCACUGCCACCCUGGCCAUGUAGGCACACACCACACCCAACCCGACCUGACCACAACCCCACCUGACUGACCGUGCCCGGAUACACAUGGCCCGAACGAGAAACCACACACACACACACACCACUGAUACACUUUCUUUUGGCAUGUGAGCUGUCACCCCUCCACCCUCUAGCCAACAUCAUUCAUGAAUAUACAUUUAUAGACACACAACCACAUGCUUACACAUACAAACAAGUAUCACACCAGACCACCAACGUUCCCCCAUUUCUGGGGGGCUUCCAGUGGGGACAGAAGAGUGGGGAGCGGAACGUCGGAAUGGAGCAGCACUACCACUCCAAGGAUGGACGACUGACACACCGUCUCUAUCUGGCCAACAGGACACUACAAACACACACAGGAAGAGAUUUGUUUAUUUUUCUGACUUUUUUUGUUCCUCUAGUCUCUACCAAUGUGGAGUUGUUUUAUUUUGCACCAUAUUAAUAUAACUCUAUUAUUAUGACCAUAUGAAAUAUUAUUAUUAUUAUUACUAUUAUUAUUAUUUCAUUAGUUUAACACUUGGACUGUUUGUCAGAUCCCUGAUCACACAGGGUUGUCAGAGGGGUAGCCAUGGUAACCCUGAGAGGUGACUUGAGAGCAGGGCCAGAGAUAGCCCCCUUGCCCCGUAGGCACUAGAGCUCAUUGGCUAAUAAAUUAGCAGUUAGCUGAGGGGAAACCUUGACUUCUUCCUUGAUAAACCAUAAGAGAGCAUUGCUAUGUGUGAACACAGCCCUCCAAAUUAGUUGUACAUUUUAGGUUGGGCCACAAGGUGGCAGUGGUUUGCUGCAGCUGCAUGGAUGUUGCAGCCAAAGCUGGUGUCUGUACAUGCAUGCAAAUGUAAUGUGCCAGCAUGGCAUCAGCUAUUACGCUGGAUGUUCUGGACUGUAAAGUAUCUGUUAUACCUUUCAGUCCAGUCAAAACUCCUGGUAAUCCAGUAGCUGAUGGUGAAAUGUGAAAUGUGGUUGGACUAAAUGUUCCAAUGGUAGUUUCCACCUCAGUUACAGGUGCCCUGUAGAUAAAACCGCCUCUGUGCUUUGGGAUGAAUAAUUUAACGAGUGAAAUUCAGAGAGGGAAGCCUCUGAAAAACCUGUAACCUAUAGUGACAGCAAGGGGUGGCCAAAAAGCGGCUCAGUCUUUUACUGGCCCGGCCCAAAUCUGGCACCGGUUCAGAAGGUCCAGAUUCUGCUCCUGUCGGGCAAGGAUCUGAUGAGACAGAGCCACAGAAUCAGACACUACAUUUGAAAACUUUGACGGGUUUUUGUCUAACUUUAGCUGGGUUGCGUUCUCUAUUGCAGAAACAUGUCUGGCCUAAGGUUACUGAAUGAAAUGUAAAAAGCAAGUUGUGUGUCAAGGACAGGCAGCAGUGGAGGAUUUAACUGACAGGCAAUCCUCAAUAGAAUCUUUCUCUGGUGUGUAACAUGUAGCCAAGCAUGCGUAGGCCACAGUGGAGGGAAGGGUUGGGGACUUCAUAUUUAAAACAUAAACAACAACAAAAAAAAAUUGAAAAAAAGGAGAGAAAAAAGGUCCUGACUGACAUUUAAGGCAAUAUGACUGGUGACUGCUGUAGUCAAGAAUAUUUUCUUAGUCCUCCUGAACCAGGACCGUGUGUCUCGAGCGAGGUGCGUGGCUUGGCCUUCAGUCUUUCGUGUUGCUGUAGUCAGCGCUGCAUGGCUUGCCCUCCCUUUCUAAGCCUGGUGAUCACCAGGCUGCGUAUCCUUCCUAGAGCAGUUUGUCAUGUGUGUAGAGGGAUGCACCUACGCACAUUUUUAAUGCUGUACACAGGAUUCACUCAGUCAUGUUGAAGCCAGCUGAGUCUACAGCACAGGUGUGCACGCAACUACAUAUACAAUCGAACACUUGGACACUUAGAGCUACAAGGCAGCCAGUUGAGGUAGAGGACACUCUUCGCACACAGGCAGCGAGUGGGGCAUACACUGAGCAUACAGGGUCAGCGGAGGGGUUGUUUUUUUUUAAAAGGCCAUUUUGUAUUUUUAUAGGUUCCUACUCAACCCAGCAGUAGGAUUGAUAAGACAGGUCCCUGCGUAAAACUUUCACCACUUAAUUAUAAAAAGAUACAAAAUUAGAGUAAGGAUACAGUCAAAGUAUUUUUCUAUUUUAACUUGCUUUUUUAUAGACCUAUGAGUUAUGAAAAGGGAAGUUAAAAGCAGUCGAAUUAUAAUUAUUAUAUUAUUAUUGUUGGGGUUUUUUUGUAUAGAUAUUUUUAGUGUAAUUGUUUUUAUUUUAAUUUUAAAUCUUGACCUGGGUGUUCCCCAGCAGCAAUCAUGUGACCCUAGAGCAGGGCCCUCCCCUGCGUGACACUGUACAGUACAUGAAUACAUUCCAUACGUUUACAAGUAUGUACCACUUCCCACGUGCACCAGAGGACCGCUUUACUACAGCCUGGACAUGCCCUUUAUUUUUUAAGUUUUUACCUUUUUUUUUUUUUUUUUUGAGCAAGUGUCCCACAAAAUAUAUACUGUAUUGGAUUCUAAGUAAAUGGAAAAAAAUAUUAAAAGUAUUUUUUUUUUUUUUUUUUU